AUGCAGUGCCUAGCGGCCGCUCUUAAGGACGAAACCAACAUGAGUGGGGGAGGGGAGCAGGCCGACAUCCUGCCGGCCAACUACGUGGUCAAGGAUCGCUGGAAGGUGCUGAAAAAGAUCGGGGGCGGGGGCUUUGGCGAGAUCUACGAGGCCAUGGACCUGCUGACCAGGGAGAACGUGGCCCUCAAGGUGGAGUCAGCCCAGCAGCCCAAGCAGGUUCUCAAGAUGGAGGUGGCUGUGCUCAAAAAAUUACAAGGGAAGGACCACGUAUGCAGGUUCAUUGGCUGUGGCAGGAACGAGAAGUUUAACUAUGUCGUGAUGCAGCUGCAGGGCCGGAACCUGGCUGACCUGCGUCGCAGCCAGCCACGAGGUACCUUCACGCUGAGCACCACGCUGCGGCUGGGCAAGCAGAUCCUGGAGUCCAUUGAGGCCAUUCACUCCGUGGGCUUUCUGCACCGUGACAUCAAGCCGUCCAACUUUGCCAUGGGCAGGCUGCCUUCCACCUAUAGGAAGUGCUACAUGCUGGACUUUGGGCUGGCCCGGCAGUACACCAACACCACAGGGGAUGUCCGACCGCCUCGGAAUGUGGCCGGGUUUCGGGGGACUGUUCGCUAUGCAUCAGUCAAUGCCCACAAGAACCGGGAGAUGGGCCGCCACGAUGACCUGUGGUCCCUCUUCUACAUGCUGGUGGAGUUUGCAGUGGGCCAGCUGCCAUGGAGGAAGAUCAAGGACAAGGAACAGGUGGGAAUGAUCAAGGAGAAGUACGAGCAUCGAAUGCUGCUGAAGCAUAUGCCCUCAGAGUUCCACCUCUUCCUGGACCACAUCGCCAGCCUCGACUACUUCACCAAGCCUGAUUACCAGUUGAUCAUGUCGGUGUUUGAGAACAGCAUGAAAGAGAGAGGCAUUGCUGAGAAUGAGGCCUUUGAUUGGGAGAAGGCGGGCACGGAUGCCCUCCUGUCCACGAGCACCUCCACCCCACCCCAGCAGAACACCAGGCAGACAGCAGCCAUGUUUGGGGUGGUCAAUGUGACCCCAGUGCCUGGAGACCUGCUCCGGGAGAACACGGAGGACGUGCUACAGGGCGAGCACCUGAGUGACCAGGAGAAUGCACCCCCAAUCCUGCCUGGGAGGCCCCCUGAGGGGCUGGGCCCUACCCCCCACCUUGUCCCCCACCCUGGGGGUCCUGAGGCUGAAGUCUGGGAGGAGACGGAUGUCAACCGCAACAAACUCCGCAUCAACAUCGGCAAAACCCCCUGUGUGGAGGAGGAGCAGAGCCGAGGUGUGGGAGUCCCCAGCUCCCCUGUGCGUGCCCCCCCAGAUUCCCCAACAACCCCAGUGCGUUCUCUUCGCUACCGGAGGGUCAACAGCCCUGAGUCGGAGAGGCUUUCCACGGCGGAUGGGCGGGUGGAGCUACAUGAGAGGAGGUCCCGAAUGGAUUUGCCUGGUUCACCUUCGCGCCAGGCCUGCUCCUCACAGCCGGCUCAGAUGCUCUCAGUGGACACGGGCCAUGCUGACCGGCAGGCCAGUGGCCGAAUGGACGUGUCAGCCUCCGUGGAGCAGGAGGCCCUGAGCAACGCCUUCCGCUCGGUGCCCUUGGCCGAGGAGGAGGACUUUGACAGCAAGGAGUGGGUCAUCAUUGACAAGGAGACAGAGCUCAAGGACUUCCCUCCUGGGGCUGAGCCCAGCACAUCGGGCACCACAGAUGAGGAGCCUGAGGAGCUGCGGCCACUGCCUGAGGAGGGUGAGGAGCGGCGGCGGCCGGGGACAGAGCCUAGUGUUCGGCCCCGGGGACGCAGUAUGCAGACAUUAGCUGAGGAGGACCUGCGGCAGAUGCCGCCUCAGCCCCCACCACCUCAGCUGAGCCAGGCUGAUGGCCGGUCAGAGACAUCACAGCCCCCAACGCCUGGCAGCCCUUCCCACUCGCCCCUGCACUCGGGACCUCGCCCUCGACGGAGAGAGUCGGAUCCCACAGGCCCACAGAGACAGGUGUUCUCUGUGGCACCCCCGUUUGAGAUGAAUGGCCUCCCGCGAGCUGUGCCUCUGAGCUUGCCCUACCAGGACUUCAAGAGAGACCUCUCCGAUUACCGAGAACGGGCACGGUUGCUCAACAGGGUCCGGAGGGUGGGCUUCUCGCACAUGCUGCUCACCACCCCCCAUGUCCCGCUGGCUCCUGUUCAGCCUCAGGCUAAUGGGAAGCCGGAAAAGGAGGAGGAGGAGGAGGAGGAGGAAGAGGAAGAUGAGGAAGAAGAGGAGGAGGAGGAAGAGGARGAGGAGGAGGAAGAGGAGGAGGAGGAAGAGGAGGAGGAAGAGGAGGCAGUGGCCCUGGAGGAGGUACUGGAGCCCCGCAGUGGCUCUAGCAGUGACGGGAGCGAGAGGAGCACCGACCGGAGCCAGGAGGGGGCCCCGUCCACACUACUAGCUGACGAUCAGAAGGAGUCCAGGGGCCGGGCCUCCAUGGCUGACGGGGACCUGGAACCUGAGGAGGGCUCCAAAACGCUGGUGCUCGUCUCCCCUGGCGACAUGAAGAAGUCGCCCGUCACUGCCGAACUGGCCCCCGACCCUGACCUGGGCACCCUGGCUGCCCUCACUCCUCAGCAUGAGCGGCCCCAGCCCACUGGCAGCCAACUUGACGUGUCGGAGCCAGGUACCCUGUCCUCCGUCCUCAAGUCUGAGCCCAAGCCYCCGGGGCCUGGAGCAGGGCCAGGAAUGGGGACUGGUUCCACMGGGACAGCGGGUGUGGCAGUGACUUCCUCACCCUUCACCAAAGUUGAGAGGACCUUUGUGCACAUUGCGGAGAAAACCCACCUGAACGUCAUGUCUUCCGGAGGACAAGCCUUGCGGCCUGAGGAGUUCAGCACUGGGGGCGAGCUGGGUCUGGAGGUGCCCUCUGAGGGGGGCAUUAUAGAAGAGGGGGCUCCAGUGCCCCUGGAGAAUGGCAUCGCCCUGUCAGGGCUGGAUGGGGCUGAGACGGAGAGCUGUGCCCUGUCUGGACCUCCAGGAGAAACACCCUCAGAGGUGGCCACAGACUUACUGCCCAAUGGCCCAGCCUUUACUGAUGGGCCAGUCCUAGCAUCAUCCCCACCAGAGCCAGGCCCUGAGAAAAUGGCCACCAUCUCCCCCAGCCGCCAGGCCAGGCUAAGCCCUCGCCCCAGGAGCCGUAUUCCUGUCCUGCUGUCUGAGGAGGACACAGGAUCGGAACCCUCAGGCUCGCUGUCAGCCAAAGAGCGGUGGAACAAGAGGGUCCGGCCACAGCAGGACCUGGCACGGCUGGUAAUGGAGAAGAGGCAGGGUCGCCUGCUGUUGCGGCUGGCCUCGGGGGCCUCAUCCUCCUCCAGCGAGGAGCAGCGUCGUGCCUCUGAGACACUCUCAGGCACGGGCUCCGAGGAGGACACGCCUGCCUCAGAGCCCGCAGCAGCAGCAGCAGCAGCCUUGCCUAGGAAGGUCGGGAGGGCAGCUGCCACCCGGAGCCGGAUUCCCCGCCCCAUCAGCAUCCGCAUGCCCACGCCUGCCGCAGCCCAGCAGCCCCGGGGCAGAUCCCAUGGUGCGGCCCCAGCAUCUGACACAGCCAUCACCAGCAGGCUCCAGUUGCAGAAGCCCCCAGGGUCGGCCCCUGCUGCUGACCCCCGUCCCAGUUCGAAACAGCUCCCAGGUCGUGGUCCUGGCCCAAGGCGAGCCCAAGCCACCAAGCCCCCCGCGCCCAGCAGUCCUGGCCUCCCCACCUCGGCCCCACGCCAUCCCAGCGCGUCCCCACGGAGCCAGUCCCUGUCCCGCAAAGAGAGCCCCUCCCCCUCUCACCAUGCCCGGUCUGGGCCUCCCCCACCCCGGGGUGUCCUCCAGGGCCGAGCCCAGCCUGACGGCACCCCUACCCCCGGGGGAGCCAAGAAAGGACCCAGAGGGAAACUCCAGAAUCAACGCGCAACAACCAAAGGCCGGGCGGGGGUCGCGGAGGGCCGGGCCGGGACCAGAUAA